GACUUUGUGUUGCAAUGACGGGGCGAAAGUGUUCUCUGAGUGCAAUGUUUCUGCUAUGUUUGAGUUUGAUUAGCAUAGCAAUCAAUGCUCUUGAGGUUUCAUAUGAUGAAAGGGCACUUACAAUUGAUGGCAAAAGAAGAAUUUUAUUCUCUGGUUCCAUUCAUUAUCCUCGCAGCACUCCUGAAAUGUGGCCAUAUUUGAUUCGUAAAGCAAAAGAAGGUGGACUUGAUGUAAUUGAAACAUAUGUUUUUUGGAAUGCCCACGAACCUCAGCGUCGUCAGUAUGAUUUUUCCGAAAAUCUAGAUCUUGUUAGAUUCAUUCGAACCAUUCAAAAGGAAGGGCUUUAUGCGAUGAUUCGAAUUGGUCCAUAUAUAAGCAGCGAAUGGAACUACGGAGGUCUCCCAGUUUGGUUGCACAAUAUUCCCAACAUGGAAUUUAGGACACAUAAUCGUGCAUUUAUGGAGGAGAUGAAAACCUUCACCAGAAAGAUAGUGGACAUGAUGCAGGAUGAGACACUAUUUGCCGUACAAGGAGGACCCAUUAUUAUUGCUCAGAUCGAGAAUGAGUAUGGAAAUGUUAUGCAUGCAUAUGGUAACAAUGGAACACAAUAUCUCAAAUGGUGCGCUCAAUUAGCUGACUCUUUUGAAACUGGUGUGCCUUGGGUCAUGUCUCAACAAAGCAAUGCUCCUCAAUUCAUGAUUGACUCGUGUGACGGUUAUUAUUGUGAUCAAUUCCAACCUAAUGACAAUCACAAACCCAAAAUAUGGACUGAGAAUUGGACUGGCGGGUAUAAGAAUUGGGGUACGCAAAAUCCUCAUAGACCCGCUGAAGAUGUAGCUUAUGCAGUUGCAAGGUUUUUCCAAUUUGGUGGCACAUUUCAAAAUUAUUAUAUGUACCAUGGUGGUACCAACUUUAAACGAACUGCCGGAGGCCCAUAUGUCACUACUUCGUAUGACUAUGACGCUCCUUUGGAUGAAUAUGGUAAUUUAAAUCAACCAAAGUGGGGACAUCUUAGACAACUUCAUAACCUUCUAAAGUCAAAAGAGAAUAUCUUAACUCAAGGUUCCUCACAACAUACAGAUUAUGGAAACAUGGUUACAGCCACGGUGUACACUUAUGAUGGAAAAUCAACUUGCUUCAUUGGAAAUGCACAUCAAUCAAAGGAUGCUACAAUUAAUUUUCGAAACAAUGAAUACACCAUUCCUGCCUGGUCUGUUUCUAUUCUUCCAAACUGUUCUUCAGAAGCUUAUAACACUGCAAAGGUCAAUACUCAGACAACUAUAAUGGUCAAGAAGGACAAUGAAGACUUAGAAUAUGCCUUGAGAUGGCAAUGGAGGCAAGAGCCGUUUGUCCAAAUGAAAGAUGGACAAAUUACAGGCAUCAUUGACCUGACUGCUCCCAAACUCCUGGAUCAAAAGGUUGUCACAAAUGAUUUUAGUGAUUACUUAUGGUACAUCACCAGCAUUGACAUCAAAGGAGAUGAUGACCCUAGUUGGACCAAAGAAUUUAGGCUAAGAGUGCACACCAGUGGGCAUGUACUCCAUGUAUUUGUCAAUGGAAAACAUGUUGGUACCCAACAUGCUAAAAAUGGACAAUUCAAGUUUGUUCACGAGUCCAAGAUCAAAUUGACUACUGGGAAGAAUGAGAUAAGUCUACUUAGUACCACCGUUGGAUUACCCAACUAUGGUCCUUUCUUUGACAACAUCGAGGUCGGUGUUCUUGGUCCGGUUCAGUUGGUGGCAGCAGUUGGUGAUUAUGAUUAUGAUGAUGACGAGAUAGUCAAAGAUCUCAGCAAAAAUCAAUGGAGUUAUAAAGUUGGACUGCAUGGGGAGCAUGAGAUGCAUUACAGCUAUGAGAAUAGCCUCAAAACAUGGUAUACAGAUGCUGUUCCAACCGAUAGAAUUUUAGUUUGGUAUAAGACCACAUUCAAAAGUCCCAUUGGAGAUGAUCCUGUUGUGGUUGAUUUGAGUGGAUUAGGAAAGGGUCAUGCUUGGGUAAACGGUAACAGCAUUGGUAGGUAUUGGUCAAGCUACCUUGCAGAUGAGAAUGGUUGCUCUCCAAAAUGUGAUUAUCGUGGUCCAUACACUUCUAACAAGUGCCUGUCAAUGUGUGCACAACCUUCUCAAAGAUGGUACCAUGUUCCACGCUCAUUUCUUCGUGACGAUGAUCAAAACACAUUGGUCUUGUUUGAGGAAUUGGGAGGCCAGCCCUAUUAUGUCAACUUUCUCACAGUAACUGUUGGGAAAGUUUGUGCAAAUGCCUAUGAAGGGAAUACGUUGGAAUUAGCAUGCAACAAAAAUCAAGUCAUCUCUGAAAUUAAAUUUGCUAGCUUCGGCUUACCAAAGGGUGAAUGUGGAUCUUUUCAGAAGGGAAAUUGUGAAUCUUCGGAGGCUUUAUCGGCCAUCAAAGCGCAAUGCAUUGGCAAGGAUAAAUGUUCUAUUCAAGUUUCUGAGAGAGCACUUGGACCUACCAGGUGUAGAGUUGCUGAAGAUAGAAGAUUAGCAGUUGAGGCAGUUUGUGAUAUACGAGUAAGCGGCGAAGGGAGGAAACACUAGAUUUUAUUAUGUGCUUUGGGAAAUCAUUUAGGACUUUAGUUUCUUUUAUUCUAUAGUUUUCAUUUUUGUUUUGAGUUGUAAUGGUUUUGACAUAGAAAAACCUCUUUAGAUGUUUGUUUUCGGUUCACAAUUAGGCUAGGAUGAUAGAUGAA